AACGUUUUCAGUUUGCAGCUUUUUCAUUUGGGUUGUACUUUUUUUUUUUUUUAGUUUGGAUAUUUGAUUUUGUUUCCCUUUUUAUCCGUAAACCAUGUGCACUGGGAGUUGCGCCAAAUGUAUUGGGAUCACACUCAUCACAUUAACCAUUCUAUGCAUCCUGGCAAAUAUUCUGUUGUUUUUCCCAGGAGGCACAGUGGUAAAAGACAACAAUUAUAUCACAGAUGAGGUGUGGUUUUUUGGAGGAAUUCUAGGAUCUGGUGCAUUGAUGAUAUUUCCUGCUUUGGUUUUCCUGGGAUUGAAGAAUAAUGACUGUUGUGGCUGCUGUGGUAAUGAGAGCUGCGGCAAACGCUUUGCAAUGUUUACAUCCAUCAUAUUUGCUGCAGUAGGAGCGGUUGGAGCAGGAUACUCUUUUGUUGUUUCUGCUGCUGCCAUUAAUCGAGGCCCCAAAUGUUUAACCAAUGGCACCAAUUAUGAUUAUCCAUUUCAUAAUGGGAAUUACUUGUCAAAUCACACCAUAUGGAAACAGUGCAUGGAGCCUGAAAAUGUCAUCCCCUGGAACCUGACUCUUUUUUCCAUGCUGUUGAUUAUGAGUGGGGUUCAGGCAGCGCUGUGUGUCUUUCAGGUCAUCAACGGACUUUUAGGCACCCUCUGUGGAGACUGUACCUGCUGUGGGAACAAUGGAGCCGUUUGAUUUCAAGACUAACCAAUC